AUGACUAAAUUCUCUGCAUUGGUUCUUAUUUUGGUCAUCUUCGUCGCUGCCAGCUUUGCCCAACCGUAUGAUGAUGUCAGUGCGGAGAAGCGCGCCAUGCGCAACGCCUUGGUUCGUUUCGGAAGAGCAAGUGGAGGAAUGAGAAAUGCUCUUGUUCGAUUUGGAAAGAGAUCCGCUAUGGAUGAGGAGGACUUUUCUCCAGAGAGCUCGCUUCAAGGAAAACGAAACGGAGCUCCUCAACCAUUCGUUCGAUUCGGCCGGUCCGGUCAAAUCGAUCACAUGCACGACAUUUUGUCGACUCUUCAGAAGCUUCAGUACGCCGGCAACAAGUAA